AUGACGAUACUCGAGAGUGCAACUCUUGGAAAUACAAAGGGUAUAACCUCAAAUGGAGUGACGGAAUUCCUUGGCAUUAAGUAUGCCACACUCAAGAAUCGGUUUGCUGAAGCCGAAAUUACCCAGCACUCGUCCACAGAAACCCUCGAUGCAACAAAACUUGGCAACGCGAGUUUGCAAGUCCCGUUCGCGCUCAGCAUUGAAUUCGAACAUGCACAACACUCGUUGCAAUCUCACCGGAUUGACACUUCCAGUGUUGAUUGCCUCAAUCUAAACAUCACACUUCCGGAAGGGUGCUCCGCAGCUUCAAAGCUUCCUGUUCUCGUCUAUAUCCAUGGCGGUGCUUUCUUCGUGGGGUGCAAUUCUUGGCCUCAAUACCAGAUGCGUCGAUUCGUGAAGUUAUCAGUGGAGAAAGGUGUCCCAACGAUAGUCGUUACCAUCAACUACCGGCUGGGGCCCCCAGGUUUCAUGAGUUCGGCGGAGCUGCGCGGGGCUGGAUAUAAACCUAAUAAUGGAAUUCGCGAUCAGAGAGUAGCAUUUACAUGGAUACACAAAUAUAUCCAGGAGUUCGGCGGGGAUCCGGAAAAUAUCACGGCUGCAGGCCAGAGUGCUGGUGGGGCGAGCGUGGUCUACAACCUUCACUCACACGAACCACUCUUCAGACGCGCUGUAUCCAUAAGUGGUACGUCGCCUCUAAUGAAGGGCUUUCCGUAUGAAUUCCACGAGGAAAUGUACAAAAAAGCCGUCGAGGCUUUGGGCCUCAGAGAUGCCGAUCCAGAAGACAGAAUCAAUGCUCUUCUUACCAUGCCCGAUGACGAGCUUGUGCGCAAAAUUCCCGUUACGAUCCAGACAGCGCCUGCUAUUGACAAUGAGGUGAUUCACCCUGGUGUAUCUCACUCUGUUCUGGAAAAUCUUGAUUCGAAACCGCUCCCUGGCAUGGAGUGGUGUCAAGAGCUUCUCAUCGGGGAAAACGAAGCCGAUAGCAGCAUACUAGGCUGGGUGCCCCCUCACAUUCGAAUCAACCCUGCCGCGAGAUUCACCGACGCCGUAAACAAAAUCCUCUCCUCUCAACCCGCCGUCGCGCACGAAAUCUUAAAGGCGUACAACAUCACACCGGACACACCUGAUGAGACUGCGGUAGAAAGUGUUUUCAAGUUCCUAGGUGAUAUCAAGUUCCAUGCCCCGGCCCUUAACUUUGUCCAUGGCUGGAAGGGAAAGGGAUAUGUCUACUAUUUUAAUGAGGGCAACCCUUGGGAAGGUCCAUGGAAGGGACGAGCGAACCACAUCCUCGAGGUGUUUUACCUCUUCCAGAAUUUCAAUGAAUUCUUAACCGCGGAGCAGAAACAAGUUGCUACGGCCUUUGCGCAUGACGUUCUGAAGUUUUGUCAUGGCAUCAGCCCCUGGCCAGCGAUUACCCCUGGUCAGAUCCAGACAGUGUUCUCAGCCCGGGUGUAUGGUCCUAGCCAGGAGGGACAUGUUUCCCGGAUUGCUGGACGGGCCUUCGGAGGGGAGUCUAUGCAGAGAGGUAUCCUAUUUGAUAGUGCGGCCAAGACAUCGUGGAGUCUCAUUCUCCAAAUUCAUGAGGAGUUGACUUCCGCAUGA